AUGAACGUCGUGAACGAGCUGCGAGUACGCAUUCGAAAGGACACGGGGAGGAACGAGCGCGCAUUAAUCGAGGUGUCCGUGCACCCAUUCAUCGUGCGAUAUAAAGAAGCGUUCCUGGAGGACAACAUUUUGUACGUCGCUAUGGACUUCUGCUCCAAAGGAGAUUUAAGUAAAUACAUAAAAAGGUAUAAAAAAACGAACACGUUGAUUCCCGAGAGGAAAAUAAAAAGAUGGCUCUUACAGAUAAUUACUGCGAUCAAAUUUAUGCACGACAGGAAACUUAUACAUAGGGACUUAAAAUGCAACAAUAUAUUUCUGGAUGAUGAAGAGAGGGCUAAGGUGGGCGACUUUGGGCUCGCCAAAAUUUUUGAGAACACAGAACAAACAAAUACAUUGUGUGGAACCAUUGGGUACAUGGCUCCCGAGAUUUGCAGGAACGUGGCCUACAGCUUCCCUGCGGACAUAUGGUCCCUUGGCGUGAUACUGUACGAGCUCAUGAGCCUCCGGCACCCCUUCAAGUCGGAGCAUUCCAACAUGUUAUCAACAGCCCAGAAAAUUUGCGAAGAGGAGGUAUGCGCAGUGGGGAGGCAAAACGGAAAAAAUAUCCAAAAAAAUGGCUCAAAUAUGGAGCAAAUAUGGCGCAAAAGUGGCGCAAAUGUGGCACAAUGUGGCGAUAACGUUGCCCCUAAGUUAUGA